CGUAGUAAUUAUAAACAAACGCGCCUCUUUACACAAGCUUUCGGGUGACUAGCAGAAUCGUCUGACUAUGUAACGUCAUAAAAUGCUUUUUUUGACAUAUUGAAAGCUUGUCGGUGUUUCUUUGUUAUGAAUAUGGCGACGCAUGCUAACAGCUAGCCGAGGUCCCAUAGAAAUAAAUGAGAGGUGGCAGACUGAAGCUGUGAAUAUGAGUGAUGAUAAACCGUUCCUCUGCACUGCUCCUGGCUGCGGACAGCGAUUCACAAAUGAAGACCACCUGGCGGUGCAUAAACACAAGCAUGAGAUGACCCUGAGAUUUGGUCCAGCACGCAAUGACAGUGCCAUCAUCGCUGACCAGACACCGACACCGACCCGCUUCCUGAAGAACUGCGAGGAGGUCGGGCUGUUUAAUGAGCUCACCAGCCCGUUUGAGCAUGACUUUAAAAAGGCCACGGAGGAUGACAUUAAGAAGUUGCCUCUGGACUUGUCUCCCCUUGCGACUCCUGUUGUUCGAAACAAAAUAGAGGAGCACACAUCCAUUGAGUCCCACCGAGACAGCCCCCUUCCCCACCCUGAGUCAACAACCACUGACGACAAGGAGGUUUCUUUGCAGCCGACCUCUCUGCCUCCAUCCACUAUAGUCCGUCCAGCCUCCCUCCAAGUCCCCAAUGUACUACUGGCCAGCAAUGAGACUGGUGUUGUUAUUCAGCAAGCUCUCCCAUCUCCAACAUCUAGCUCUGUUAUAACCCAGGUCCCAUCCUCUAGUAGACCGAUAGUGUAA